UGACUCACUGCACACGAUCAGUUUCACUUGCUUGCAACAUCACCACUGAAUAAUUAAAUGUAAACUGAAUCAUAGGCAGUGCAACGGACCCUUCCCAGUUGGCGUUAUUUUCUAUCUACCAAGUUCUUGACUCCAUAAAGGAAAAGUGUCGAAAUAAAUAUACAUCGUGAACAGAGAAACGAGGUCAGUCGGGAUCAGCGUUGGGCUCCUGCAGCCAGAAAAUGGCUCGGAUAGUGGCAUCUUUGUUUUUGACACUGAUCUUCUAUGGCAGCUGCUGCUGUCACUCAGCAACAGGAGAAUGCAAGAAUUUGGACUCCUGUGAAAAGUGUAUUAUGGGAGAAGAGUCAAUGAAUAUAACCGAGUGUAUAUGGGUGAAGUGUGAAGAAGAGAAUGACAGAUGUGAUUCAAAAGGUGAAGCAAAGGAAGGCUGCACCAUCUACAAUGAAACAAAAAUGUGUUCAGCUCCUCCAACAACUAUUACAACUAAGGAAGCCAGCACAUCUGACUCAAAAGAACCAACACCUGCCCCUCCAACAGAAGCUCCACCAGUCUACAAACCAUCUAGUUUUGAUCCAGCUAGUUUUGUUGGGGGCAUUGUCUUGGUGCUAGGAGCUCAGGCUGUUUCCUACUUUGUACUCAAGUUCGUCAAAUCCAAAGAUAGUACAUAUGAAACACUUGAGGAAGCCCAGUAGGUGUUUACAAGCAAAUCAUCGCCGUGUGGACAGCAAUGAAGAGAGUGGCUGUGUUCAGUUUUAUUCAUUAUUUAAACCUAGAACUGUCAAGUUCUCUCCAGUUUUUCUAAUACUGGGACCUAGCAGUCUUAGGACAGGGGUCCAAGAAUAACUCAUAGCUGUAGGCCCUUCUGGGAGGUGGGGCAUUAUUUUCAUGUGGAUUGACUGAGAUUGACAGAUAAUGAAGAUGCAGGUAUCCUCCAUUAUUUAUAAUAAUAAAGAGUUUUUGUAGACAAAGGAUUUCAAUCUAAUUUUGUGCAACCACACAGUUCGUUGUUUUCUGUAUUCAAAGUCCCAUCUGGCAGUUCAUUGACAGUGGCAAGCCUCUGCAUCCAACAUCACUCACUAGCAUGUACUCUGAGAUGAAGUACACAAAACAGUAUUUUUCUGUUCUGUAAAAAUAUGUGACUGCUUUAGCUCUACCCUUCCUUUUUUGCUGUUUUGGUUAACC